AUGGUGCUCUUCAAGCAGGCUCUCGCAGCCGCGACGUGCUUCGGAUGUGCCGCUGCAGUCGACAUCAUCGUUCAAUCUUCCGGCGGCAACGUGACGGGCAAAUUUGGGCAUCCAUAUGGCUACGGUUUCCUGCACGAAGACAUCAACAACUCCGGUGACGGCGGCAUCUACGCCGAGCUGAUCCAAAACCGCGCCUUCCAGUACAGCCCAGAGUUCUCCGUCUCAACGGCGCAUUACUUCCCCAUCAAUGGCGCCAGUCUGAGCAUCCAGUUCCUGGACGAGCCGCUGUCGAAGGCGUUACCGGCUUCGAUGCGCGUUGCGGCGAGCAGCAACAGUAGCGGUAAGAUUGGCUUCAAGAACGAGGGCUACUGGGGAAUGGCUGUUAGUCAGCAAAAGUAUAUAGGGUCGUUCUGGGUUAAGGGCGCUUACAACGGGUCAUUCACUGCGUCGAUGCAGUCCAACUUGACGGAUGAGGUUUUUGGAUCGGUCGAAGUGAAGUCUAAGGCUAUUGCGGACGAGUGGACGGAACACGCAUUCGAGAUCGUGCCUGAGAAGGAUGCUCCGAAUUCCAACAACACGUUUUCGGUCACCUUUGACCCGGCAAGCGCACAGAAUGGUGCACUAGCAUUCAAUCUUAUCAGUCUUUUUCCGCCGACAUAUAAGGGUAGGAAGAAUGGACUACGAGUUGAUAUUGCCGAGGCGCUCGCGGAUAUGAACCCUCACUUCCUCCGCUUCCCCGGUGGAAAUAUGCUCGAAGGCCUUACUAACGACACGUAUUGGGACUGGAAGGACACCCUUGGGCCGUUGAAGGACCGUCCGGGCUUCCAAGGCGUGUGGGGCUAUCAGCAAACACAUGGCCUGGGUCUCAUGGAAUACCUCGAGUGGGCCGAAGACAUGAACUUGCAAAUUGUACUCGCCGUUUGGGCCGGCUUAGCGCUUGAUGGCGGGGUCACGCCUCAAGAGGACCUGCAGCCCUUCAUCGACGACGCCCUGAACGAGAUUGAAUUCGUAUGCGGACCAGCGGACUCUACUUGGGGUUCGCGUCGUGCCGAGCUCGGCCAUCCUGAGCCGUUUGAGCUGAAUUACGUGGAGAUAGGCAAUGAGGACUGGUUGGCCGGCUACCCCGAAGGAUGGGACUCGUAUCGACAGUACCGCUUCCAGAUGUUCUUCGAUGCCAUCAAAGCCGAGUAUCCGGACAUGCAAGUCAUCGCCGCUGCCGCUACCAGCGAUCCAGCCCCAGAGGGUGAGACGACGGGGCCAAACCUAGAGGAAGGGCUCGACUUCAGCAAGACGUCGGGUGCGAUCGGGGAUUACCAUCCCUAUCGUGAGCCCGACGAGCUGGUGGACGAAUUCGACCGCUUCGAUAACGACAUCGGCCACAUCGUUGGCGAAGUAGCCGCGACGCAUGUCAACGGGGCCACACCUCCCCGCUGGGACGGCCCAUUGUACAUAUAUCCGUGGUGGAUCGGCGCGGUGGGCGAGGCAAUCUCACUGAUAGGGUAUGAGCGCAACUCGGACCGCAUACCAGGCGCCUUUUACGCCCCGGUCCUCAAGAACGUGAACAAAUUCCAAUGGCCAAUCACGCUUAUCCAGUUCAGCGCGGACCCGAACAUGACGACACGCGCCGUGACGUGGUACUGCUGGAGCCUUUUCGCACACCACCCUAUCAGCGACACGCUCCCUACGGUGAGCAAUUCCAGCUACGGCCCGCUGUACUGGGGCGCCGGCAAAGAUGAUCCAAGGAACGCACUGGUCUGGAAGGGAGCCGUAUACAAUACGACCAACAGCAGCGACGUCCCCGUGUCGGUACACUUUCAGGGAGUCACGCCAGGCACCAAAGCGUCGCUAACUGUUUUGACCAACACUGUGGGCGAUCCGUAUGCAUACAACGACCCGUUUACGGGUGUAAAUAUUGUUAACUCGACGACGAGAGAAGUGACAGCGGGCGUGGCAGGAGCGUUUGAGUUCAGUCUGCCCGAGUUGAGUGUUGCGGUUCUGGAUACAGAUCCAGCCGGUGUUUCGAGUGGCGUGUAUCGCGCAUAA